UGAAGAGGUGGGAGUUCCGUGAACGCAUCUCCAGUCUGAAACUCUAAGCGGCGAAUCGGACAUGACAUCAAAAUGUGAGUCUGUUCCGCAUUCCUCAAACACACACACACGGACACACACACACACACACACACACACACACACAGCAGCAGCACACGGACACACAGUCCGGACUGGGAUCGGGAGCAGACCAGGAUCACGUCCAUGGGUUAAGUCUGCGGUUCAUCGGAGCAUCAGAACCGGAAUGUGAGGUCAAACUGAAGAGGAUGAAGAGUCAAAGUUCUCAUGAUGAUGACGAAAGAGUUAACGAUCUGAUGAGGAUGAAGUCCAGCUUCAGAUAAUCUGUCGGGACCAUUAGAGAGAUCCAACAUGGCUGCCUUCAAACCUGAAAAUGUGGAAGACUUUUAUGAGAUGGGAGAAGUUCUGGGGAGCGGGCACUUCGGUCAGGUCCGGCAGGUGCGGGAGCGCUCCACUGGGACUCUUUGGGCGGGAAAGUUCAUGAAGAUCAAGAAGAGUCCGUGCAGUCUCCUGGGUCUGGAUCGGGGCGGCGUGGAGCGCGAGGUCGAGAUCCUGCAGGCGGUUCAACACACGAACAUCGUGACUCUCCGAGACGUGUUCGAGAGCCGAGCGGAGGUGGUGCUGAUCCUGGAGCUAGUGAGCGGAGGAGAGCUGUUCGACUUCAUCGCUGGGAAGGAGAAUCUUCUAGAAAGUGAAGCCAUCGAGUUCAUGAAACAGAUUCUGGAGGCUCUGCGGUUCAUGCACAGCAAGAACAUCGUUCACUUCGACCUGAAGCCGGAGAAUGUGAUGCUGUCGGACAACUCUUCUCAUCCAGUCAUCAAACUCAUCGACUUCGGCCUCGCUCAGCGUCUCCGUCAGGGGGAGGAGUAUAUCAGCACGAGUGGAACGCCGCAGUACAUCGCCCCCGAAGUGAUCAACAGUGAACCUCUGAGUACAGCUGCAGAUAUGUGGAGCAUCGGAGUCAUCACCUACAUACUUCUGAGUGGUUUGUCACCGUUUCAAGGCUACACCGACGAAGAGACUCUGAGGAACAUCCUCGCCAUCGCUUACGAGUUCGAUGAUCAAGUUUUCAGCACGACGAGCUCGAUGGCCAAAGACUUCAUCCAGAAACUGUUUGUCAAAGAUCCAAGAGAGAGAAUGACAGCCGACGAGAGUCUUCUUCAUCCCUGGAUCAAACCGAUCACUCGUACUCAGGCGACCAAAAGGAAUCGCUCAUCCAUCAACAUGAAGAACUUCAAAAAGUUCAACGCCCGUAGGAAAUGGAAGAUGUCCUAUAACAUGGUGUGGAUGUGUAACCGCUUUGUCCGCCUGAAGCUACUGUGUAAAAGCGCCAACCCGGAUCCCCUCCAGAGGGACUGUGAAAGUGAUGCCGAAGACACAGAAACCAAACCAGCUUCCCUGCUGCGACGACGACUCAGCAGCAGUUCGUAAAGGUGAUGAUGGAGAGCUGAGGAAGAUGAAGAGCUGAGAGGAGGAAGAGCUGAGAGGAGGAAGAGCUGAGAGGAGGACGACGAGGGGCUGAGGAUGAUGAGCUCAGAGGAUGAGAUGGAGAGCAGUUUGGAGGACGCGCUGCCCCGUCUGAUGAGACUCUUUACUAAAGAACUUCAACAAACUUCUAUUUUCUAUAAAGUCUUCCGUCACUAAACAUAAUAAUAUUUUUGUAAAUGUCGUCCUGUGUUUGUGAUACGUCGGUCAGUGAGUAAAUAUCUGUAAAGUACACAAACAUAUAAACAACCAUGAAACAAAAAAAAACAAGAAUCUGCGUCACUGAAGUUUUAACUUAAAGGAACAUUUUUGGUGCUUUCACACUCGUACAAAAACUCCUGAAAACUCCCGAAAUUUUCAGGUUGAGCUGCAUGUGUGGACGCAAACAGACUUCAUUUUUUUUCCCUGCCAGCCUCGUUUUAAUUUUUGUUGCAUGUGAGCCGGGGGGGGGGGGGGGGGGGGUGAGAUGAUGUGUGAUCGCCGCGGGGAAAAACCCAGGGAUAUUCAUCUCCAGCGAGUGGAAGGGGGGUGAAGAUGUUUAUUCCCCGACGCAGGCGCAUGACCAUAGACUGCAUGCAAGCAAUCUAGGAUAGUCUUCGCUUUGAGGUGCAUGUGUGAACGAACAACUCAGGAAGAUUUCAGGGGCAGGGAAAUUGUCAAGACAUUUGCACGUGUGGAAACGGUUGAUGUGUUACUACCUCUGUCUCACAUUAAGAGCUCUCGCUGUUCAUUGUUAUAAUAAAGUCGAAGUUACUUCAGAUCUGGGAAGAAAGAUGUUUUAGUUUUAUUUGGGUGGUUUGUUAAUGUGACCUUACUUUCUUUAUCAUCUGUUUACAGUUCAAUCACAGGAUGAAGCACAGAGCAGUGAAUCUAACGGGAUGCAGCUGCAGCAUCUUUGAUGACUGUCACGGGUUAAGACAAUAUCAGAAAAUAUUUUAUGUACGUUACCUGGUUUAAAGUGGUGUUUUAAUAAAUGGUGUUUUGGAUUGAUAUGAAAGUGA